CACACUUUGUUUCCUGCUGGCUUGGCCCUUGGAAGGAAACUUGACGCUCUCGCCAGUAUCGUACACUUAUGUGUCUCGCUCUUGCAUGAUUUAUUUAUCAACCUCCAGUGAUUCUGCUCGCGUCUUGCGAAUUUGCCCUAUGCAUCCGAUCUGGGCUAGCAGCUCACUAGUCCAUACCUACAGUGGACUCGCCCCGUUCCGUCGCAACCGCGGGGGACAGACAGACACCUUUUGGGACCUCGACCCUCACACCUUCCCAGCACUACUGGACUGGGCUUGCUUUCUUACGCCAUAGCCAUCCUACUACAAGACGUUCAUCAUCGACCACGUCCUCUGUCUCUCUUCUCUCUGACUCCAGAUACUGAAAGGCCAUUGCUGACCGCAGACCUGAGCCUCUCGAUUACAGGACCUACCCUGACAGCCGCUAUCCACAGUCAAGCUGUCAACCCCGCGAAUUCACGCCAGCGCGCACACGACGGUUAAACCAGCUUUGACGUUAGCCACAACGUCAUUCGCCUCACACAUCUCUGAGCCCAAGUGCCCAGCCCCACGAAACCUCCCAUACCUCCCUUGAUUUCUCCUCUCUCUUCCCCCCCUCCCCAAGACAAUCUGGCAGGAUCCAAGCGUCGCAGUCUCUCCGCUCAAGGAGGUCUGCUGUUCAGUAAGAUGUUCGGCGGCUCAUCUGGCUCUGCGCAGAAGGCAGACAGCAAUUCUCCUCCCGAGUCAACUGCCAAGCCCAGCAGCAAGUCGCCUUCGCCCGAGGACGACCCUACCAGUCCCAACGCUGCUCCCGGUUCGCCUUCCAGCGACUCCCCGCCCAAGCCCAUCAGGACUACGGAUCAGGUUGCAAGCGGCGAGAAGCGCAGCGGCAAUGGCAGUCCUCCCAGCACCGGCGCCGCUGCGGCCAAGAGACGGAGUAGCGGUGUUAGCAGCAAGGCUAGCAGUCUUAUCGCGAGUGCGAAGAACACCCUCAAUUUUGCCCAGGUUGGGGGUAGGAGCAAUAGUGAUCUAGGCUCUCCCGCGCAGCAGACGCCCCUUCAGAAGUUGGGCAAGCAGGAUCCUUCCCUUGCAGUGCCCCAGGGCCAGCAUAACAACGCUGCCGGCGAAUCCCUUCCCGGCCCAAAGUCUACUUUUCGCGUCGGUGUGUGGGAGGAUAGGAACAAGAAGUGUAGGCGGACGAUGGAGGACACCCAUGCUUUCCUAUACAACUUCCUGCAUACCCCUGCCCCGGCCUUGCCCUCGGAAGCGGGCGGCGCGAAAUCGUCGAAAGCCUCGGGUGACAGCUGUGCGUCGGCUGCGCAGGAUAUGUUGGAGACGGACAAUGGCUACUUUGCUAUCUUUGAUGGUCAUGCCGGUACCUUCGCAGCAGACUGGUGUGGGAAGAAGCUGCACAUCAUCCUUGAGGACAUCAUCAAGAAGAACCCGAAUGCCGCCAUACCGGAGCUCCUGGACCAGACGUUUACUACUGUCGACACCCAGCUCGAGAAGCUACCUCUCAAGAACAGCGGCUGCACCGCGGCCAUCGCCGUGUUGCGUUGGGAAGACCGGGUUCCCAGCAAUGUUUCCCAGACCGGCUCUCAGUCUAUCGCGCCCGCGCUGGCCAAGGCCACGGAAAAGGUGCCCGAAAAGACAUCGGACAGCACCGAGGCGAAUACGGAGUCCAAGCAGAAUCCAGAGGCCGAGCGCGCCAAGCUCAAGGGCACUGCAUCGAGACAGCGGGUUCUGUACACGGCCAACGUCGGAGAUGCUCGGAUCGUCUUGUGUCGCUUUGGCAAGGCCCUGCGCCUGUCGUAUGACCACAAGGGCAGCGACGAGAACGAGGGAAAGCGCAUCACGAAUGCGGGCGGAUUGAUCCUUAACAAUCGCGUUAACGGUGUGCUCGCAGUCACCCGGGCACUUGGCGACUCCUAUAUGAAGGACCUUGUCACCGGUCACCCGUACACCACGGAGACUGUCAUCCAGCCGGACAUGGACGAGUUUAUUAUCAUUGCAUGCGAUGGUCUAUGGGAUGUUUGCACAGACCAGGAAGCGGUUGACCUGGUCCGCAAUGUCCAAGACCCCAGCUCAGCCUCCAAGCUCCUGGUAGACCACGCGCUUGCCCGCUUCAGUACCGACAACCUGUCAUGCAUGAUCGUUCGCUUCGACAAGGAGGCCCUGGUCGAGAGUCAGAAUAGGAAGGAUAUCGGUGUGGAGGUCGACCCGACGUCGACGACCGGUAAGAUCAGUGAGGUCGAAAAAAUCGUGGGCGACGUGAAGAAGCAAAUCGAAGAGGGCGGGACUGCCAUCGGGGUUUCGGCGAGCAACAGCGGCAAGGGACAUGACCCUAUACGACCCGACAAUGACAGCGCUUCUUUUACGCCUACGACCCUCCAGGGAUCUCUGGAGGAGGAGCCCUUGGAGAUGGACGGCGAGAUAGAAAGCACGCCAGACAAGCCUGCUACCGAGCCUGAUCCUCCCAACCAGGAGUUGGCUAAAGAGUCUUAAGGAGUGGUGGGCCAGUUCGUUGUGUGUCCCGACCUUGUUCUCCCCUCUUGUUGUCAUGAGCUGCCGGUUUCAUUGCGUGCAGGAAACUCGGCGGCGUCUUCAUGACAAUCGGAAUACGCACGAAAUUAUGAGGUAGAAGAGGCAGGAUGGAAAUAUGAUAAGAAAGCACGCUUCAAUGUUAUUCACCAGCAAGGUUGGGAGUGCUUUCCGGGCUGGUCAUUCUAUUCACAUCGAACGGGACGCAAGCUCUGCAUUGUGGUUCUCCAGAGGGAAAUUGAGCACAGGAAGUCAGAGUAACCUCG